CCAGCAUCCGUGCGCAUGGUGGAGCAGUACAGAGUCAAGCAUGGUCUGGCGGAUGCGCGCAAUGAGUUCGUCCUCACUGAGAACGGACUCGGCCUUACGGAAGGUGCUAGUAGGACUUCAACCAGCUUCAUCGUCGACAUGAUGUCCCUAGGUGCCCCACGCGCUGCCCUCACCCUGACCCAGUUUUUCCCCAUCACCCCGAAGCUCGUGAUUAUCUUGCGCUCGCCCGUUGCAGAACAAGCAAGAUGCCAGGCAUAUGAGGGACCCGGUGGUAUUUCGUACUUCGACGAUAUACCCCGGACGUCUCCUAAGACAACGUAUAUCCCUCCUUUUCCACCCGGUUCGUAUGACUGGGAACAACGACGACCUGAAAAAAUGAGUGCCGAAGAUCGAAAGAAGAAAGAAGACUUCCAGGUGCGCGGUUUGCUGAAUGGGGUACCCCUCGGAAGCCGUCUUCGGGACAGGUUCAUCUUCGCCAUUGAAGAUCUGACGGAGGAUCAAGCGCAGCGAGUCAAUACGCUGCUGCUUACGCACUGCAAGGAGACGAUAUCCUUCUACACCCCCGCAUGCCUUGUGCGAGCUAUUGACGCGUUCGAAAGAGAUACGAUGUUGACGAUCUUCGAGAAGAAACGUUACGCGUCGCUCAAGGCGAAGCUACUAGCUGAAGGAACACGUCCGUCGCCUAUGCCCACGUCUCCAUACCCUCCUGCGUCUCCGGGGGGAGAACACUCGCCUCGCAAGCUUAUCCCUACCUCUCCUGAUCCUUCCGGGUCAGAACUCGCUGCACAAGCUCUCUCGAUGGGUACGAGCCUAGUACUAGGCUUCAAAGGCGCAUUCGGCAGAAAGGCCCGUUCUGCUCCUACUUCCAACGUCCAGGACGCUUCAGUCGGCGAACCUGCGUCUCUCACCGCUCAGACUGUCGUCUCUCAGGAGCAGGCCCGUCUUGACGUCUCGCAUACCGAAGUCCUAUGCGGCUCUACUCUUGCAAACACCGAUACUACCCAGAUCACACCUGUCGACAAUACUCCUCAUAUCACUGGUGAACCGCCUUUGCCCCCAGUGAUCCAUGACCGUGCAUCAAAUGAUCAACCAUCCGCUCGUGAAGUCAACGUGCCGGGGCUUAUGCACGACGGCUUGCCACCACCGGUGGCAAAGAUGGCUCCGUCCGCCCCCGCCAUUGCGGCACAAUGGAACGGGCUCCAUGCAGCCCUUCCUGGCUUACGAGGCGCGUUCAAGCGCAGGCCAAAUGUGAUCUCCACAGAAACACCAAGCUUGAUUGCGACUCAGCCGCUACUAGCGAGUCCCGCACCUCUCCUCCAACCGACAAUCGAUGUCUCCCAGUCGCCCGACUCGGAAGCGAGGCCCAAGGCUCAGGCUGACAUCGACACGGCUAGCGCAUCGUCUCUCGAGUCGUCUGCUGAGUCGUACAUGGACUCGACACGAACCGACCUGGGGUCAGAAGCACAUCUCGAUCCAUCCACAGGGCAUCCGGUAGAGCAAUACACCGAGACUAACACUGACAGUCGGGACGGCACCUACCGGGGUACGCAUAGUACACCAGAGCCCCGCUCGAGUUCUGCGCGAUGGUUUGUCUCUCGGAUGCUCUGGACUAAACCGGCAAAACUUGCAAAGGCAGUAGCCUCGAUCUUCUGUUGUUGUAAGUAGUCAUAUGACAGGUAGUUGUGGCAGCUCUCGAGCACCAUUAUCAUCGAAGUAUGUACUUACUACUAUGCCUCGAUCAACGUUCGAUGGCAGAGACACACUGAACAUAUCGGGUUCGGAGCUACAGUUAGUAUUAUCAAGUUACGUAACUCGCCU